AUGUCUUAGAAAUCAUCAGGUCCAUUAAUAUAACUUACAACUGAUACAACUGGAGAUAUCCCAAAUACUACUGAUAAAAAAAAUACUCCAAAUCUGAGUUCUUAAAGCUUAUCGAAAUAGCUGGUAUAGUAGUCACUUCCUUAUGAUUGUGUGACUUGCUUGAACAAUAACCUUAAAUUUUGCUUUAACUCAGUUUCUACUUAUUGCUGUGAUCCUUUAGACGAAUAAAGUAAGGGAUGCACAUCUUAGCUUGAUAACACUCUUAUAUGUUCUGGUAUCUAUACAUAAUCUAAGAGUUAGAAAUAUGAAAUCUGCAAGACAGACUUCGAGAAAUGUGGCUCAACGCAAAUAGAGAACGAAUAACCUAAAUAUCAAAGAGAAUUAAUAACCUAAGUGAAUAUCCAGGCUCAGGAUGUCGUAGUAUCGGAUGAUGGAUUUUGGAAGCAUCUUGAAAUAUCACCUGAAAAUGGGAUAGUCUGUUCUUAUAACUUCCGCAGCUAGAAUCAAACAUCAAAUGUCUUUGAGUUGAAGUUUUAGAAUAUCCAGAAUGCUCUAAUUGGAAUUUAUUACUACUCAACUUUCUCAAAUUCAAUUAUAGAUCUCGGUCUUGUUGAUCCAGCAAACUGUAUGUAGAUUAAGCACUGUGUGCAGAGUGAGAAUGGAUAUGUCAUGUUCGUGCUUGAUGAUACACAGUAUGUUUCAAUAAAUCUCGCACCAAUUAACACACAAAAUGGCACUAAUUUAGAAAUAGACUACAGACUUAUUAACAAAGAGGAAUAAAAGUUUAUGAUAUAGACUCUAAUGCUAAUGGGGGUUGGAUUUUUACUUAUACUUGUUCUACUUAUUGUACUUUUUAAGGCUCUAAAUCUGGCAUCUUGA